AUGAAAGAGUUUGUAGAUCUCAAGAUAGUUGAACUUAAAUUGGAGAUGGCCAAAGAGGUUGACAAGAUAGAGGAAUAUUAUUAUGUUCUUCAUGGAAAAGUUGAUGUUCUUGUUUAUGCCAUUGUGAAUAUCAUGGAAUCCAUUUUGAAAGUUGCUCUUUCGAAUCAAUCUUUUGCUUCUCAAGAAUCAAUUUCUAAGUUGAUUUCGUCUAUUGAGGCUAAUCUCAAAGCGGAGAUUUCCCCCAUCCUUAAGUUGGUUCUUCUCUUACCAACUAAUGCUCCACCUACGAAGCAAGUGUCACAAGGGGGAGAGAAAGGAUGUGGUGACAACCCAUAA